AUGAGUCGAGGAGGAAGAGGAGGUGGCAGAUUUGGCGGCUCAAAUAUGCCGCCUAUGGGAUUAACCUUCCAGGAUUUACAACUAAUGAGGAAGGACGCUACAGAGCUCUACCCUACGACGAAGCUGAAGUACAUGCAAGCCCCAACAGAGCAGGAGCUCAGUUAUGCAAACGCAAGUAACGAUUUCUAUGAGAGGAUUCGCCUCAGCGCGUAUAACCUCCCCGAGGAUGAAGAGAAGACUGGCGGUGGAACUGAUAUAGAGCGUUAUUCAGAUAAAUACAAGAUAAAACCAUCGUUAGUGACAAAUCAGGAUCAUUUAUCAUCUUUGAAAGCUAUAAUGAAUCCUGAAUUUUUCCCUAGACAGGUAUUCGAUGGCGUAAAGACUGUAAAGAAGACAACCAAAAGGGAGAGAAAGAAGAUUGAUUGGGAUAAUGCAGAGAACAACAUCGAAGAAGACGAUGACGAGGAAGUUGAAGAGGAAGAGGAAAUUGACGAUGGUGAAGAUGACGCUGAUUACGCUAAUCAGUACUUCGAUAACGGUGAAGGAGACGAGGAUGAUGGCGGCGACGAUGGAGACGCCGGUGGUGACUACGAAUAGAGCCUUUAAUACUAAUUUAUUUGUAUAACAGCAUGAAAUUUUAAAACAAACAAUGAGGUAUCCAAGAUACAUUGAACAUAACAUUUCAUUAGAUUGGAAAUUGAAACUUAAAAGCUUAAUAAAAUAAUAACUUUGCGUGUCUGUAUAUGCUACACUGAUUUAAACAGCGAAUUCCUUCAUAAUUGUAACUCUCCUAAAACUCUUUGGGCGACGGCUUUAUAGCUCCAGCUAUUUCCCGUUAUUCGUCUGAAUUGUAUUCCAUUUAUACCGAGCAGAAGUGGUACCUAUUGAGGUCAGCUGAGAUUUUAAAUAUAACGCUAAACUUACUCUAACGAUAUUAAUUUCAAAUCUAACCUUCGAUGAACUGGCAUUAGGGUUGCCUGAAUUGGCACCACCUUCAUCUAAUACGAGAUUAUCGUGAUUUGAAGCCUUCUUUGAACUGUUAAAUGACAACUUGGAAGAUUUUUUCUUCACGUAUUUGCCAAAUUUCAUGUGUUCACUUGAAUCACUUUUCAUAUCUUUGACUGUGUAGUCUCCACUACCUUCUAUUCAAAUCCGCUUCUAGUCAAUCUAUAGCUAACGCCCAACUUUGACAAAGUCGAUCCAAUUUCAGAUCGCAAAGUAUUUGAUGAUUUUGUGGACGUUGUCGCAACUGAAAACAAGCCCUUACCCCAGACGGCUUUUGGUUCUUCCACUGGGUCGAAUUCUUCAUUCAAAUUCUGACUAAUUUCUUGUACUGGUGAGUCACGGCUUGAAGUUGAGUUCUUGUCGUCUGUAGACUUUUUGCUGGCUUGUACCCAUGGUCCUACACCUGAGUAUCUACCAACUGUAUGCACAGUCUUUGGCUCACCAGUCGAGUAGUUUCUAUCGUGAUUUAUGUCCACUUUCGGCUCACGCUUUUUCUCAACAACCGUAUGAGCUCUUCUAUGGUUAGAUGGCGAAUUGUUACCUUCUAGUUUAUUAACAGCGUCAUUGUGAGCUUGAGCUUUAGUAGGAUGAGAUCCUUUGGACAACAUACUAAGUCUGUUUGUCGCUUUGUACGAAUUGGUAGAGUUAACUCUUUGUCUAGGAUUAUUGUUAUCGCUUCCUUCAUUAAGAGUGGUUUGUCUAUGGAGGAUACUGUUAAAUCUUUUAGCAAGUCCCUUCGACUGUGUUGCUGAUUCUGGUUCGUUAAUCGUCGUCAUUGGAUUAGCAGCCGCUGUGGUUGGUGAUGGUGGUGACAUUUCAGGUUUUUGGCUCAAGGAAUGUGAUCUCUUAUGUGCUGAUGCUUGUGGCGGUGGUAAUGGAUAAUCUUUAUUAUCCCUCAUGGCUGGUGGGGGCUGAAUCGGAGUUACUGUACCAACAUCUAAUGGAUUGGCUCUUGAUCUUUGUCUCGAGUUCAUAGCAGGCGAUGAAGGCGAUCUUACUACAGUCUGACUAUUCAGUUCGGGUCUUCUCUGACUUUGUGUUCUGGACAUCUGUACUGUUGCAGAACCAUUCUGGUUAAAGUCUGCCAUCGUAAGCGGUCUUGAUCUGCUGCUAUUUACACGUUGUCUUGAUACUGGCUGUUGCAUCAUACUGCCAUUAGAAGUUGAUCUACGUACUCCUGGGUAUUCAUUUUCAGGUUGUGGUAAUGGGAUAGGUUGUACCGGGGGUGGUGCUCUGCUGCGUUCAUAUUGCGCAUAGAGGUUUUGAUCCAAAUUGGAGACAGGUUGUGAGGGUUGAUUUGCCAUAGUCGCCAAAGACAUUUGAGAUGACGCGAAUAAGCCUGGUCCGAAGGCUUUGUCGCGUUGGAUCUUUUCACUGACGAGGUAAUAGAUAGAGAUA